AUGCUCAAUAGCAUGUUGGUGAUGGUGACGAUGUUGCCGAUGUUGGUGGGAGGAGGAAAAGAGAGCGAUUCGAAGAUUAUCCUCAAAGGAGGUGCUAUCUUCUAUGGAACCCAGGCGUGAUUGAUCCUCCUCUUCCAAAUCUUCUAAGACUCCACCGGCACUCCACGAUCCUGGAGGGUUGGAGCAAGAUUUGCGCCGCAACGACGAUGGCCGCUUUACAACAGAUGCGGCGGAAGUUGCGGUGGAGGUACCAGUGGAACCAGUGACACUAUCAGUGCUAAGUGCAGAUCGCACUGUGGGAUCGCAGAGCAACACACGCAACAGGUCAUUGAGAAAGGCGAGACUGGUGUCUCGGACCGACGAGGGCGUGGUUCCUGUUGUACUCGUGGAGGGUGGUGUCGGCGGUGGCUUUUCCUGCAAGCGACGAACCUCCGCAAGGUGGUUGAAAAGGAUCAUUACGAUCUGGCGCACCACCAAUUGCAGUCCCAGUGUUUGCUGUGUCUGUUCCGCACACUCACAACGCAGUGCUUCAAGAUCUUGAAGCCUCUAGAAGGGCCAAAAAAGUUAACUGAAGUACCUAGUAGGUAUGGUUUAGGUCAUCGUUUGUAUUUCCAUUAG